CGUAACUUAAAGAGUCUCCCCAACAACCAUCAGCUGGCUCAGAACGACCCCAAGCCAAAACUGAACUGCCUCGAGAUGCAUUCGAAGAUCAAUUAUACGGUUGCCCCGCACCUCGAGCGCUUUGCCGUCCCUUUUCCCGACUUUCGCGCCGCCAACCCUCAAUAUACACACUUUGUAGGCGGCGGCCUCAUCUUCUCACGCACUGCAACAAAGGAUAUUCAUGAAGGGACUGAAAUAGAGGAACGGCCUCUCCGCGUCCUCCUCCUCCAGCGGUCUUUUGACGACUCCUACGGCGGCCAAUGGGAAGGACCCGGCGGCUCCUGUGACCCCGAAGAUGGGAGCAUCUUAGACGGAGUUACGCGAGAGGUACUCGAAGAGUGCGGUCUGCAUGUCUCCAGGUUCGUCGAGCUGGUGGAUAAGACCGAGUGGGUGAAGCAGCGGCCUGACUCGGUGGACUUGGUCGCCAAGUUUACGUUUAUUGUCGAAGUGCAUGAGGCGAAGGCUGCUACCCCUGCAUCUGAGGUCAUAGGAAAUGACGCGGGGCUACCAGCUGAUAAGCUGAAUGAUGGGACUGUUUCUCCAUCGCUGGAGAGACGGUGGGAGGAGAUGGUGAAGCUGGAUCCGGCCGAGCAUCGGGAUUUUGAGUGGGUGACUGAGAAGGAAGUAAGGGAAGCCGAGGAUGGAACGGGGAGUUUUAAAUCGUUUGCAGAUAUGGGCAAGACCAUACUGGAGGCCUUUCGAAUAUUGAGGGAGAGGGAGGUGUCCAGUGAAGGUGUUGAUGUUAAGUAGGGUGCUGAAGAUGGAAUACUGGGUCACGUAUGGGAGAUUGCUGAGAUUGCCAGCUGAAUAAAACUAUA